AUGUCAUCCCAAGACAUGUCAUGCCCUACAUCAACGAAUUUUGUGCUCACAAAUUGGGCCAAAAUAUAUCAUACAAAUCCGGAAUUAUACUUCCAACCAAGAAAUGUGGAUGAACUUAGAGGUAUUGUGAGAAAAGCUAAUGAAUCAGGGAAAACGAUCACUGUGGUUGGUGGUGCUAACUCACCUAAUGAUAUUUGCAAAACAGAAGAAUGGUUAAUCAGUCUAGACAAGAUGAAAAAAGUAAACAAUUUUGAGAUGUCAAAGGAUAAAACAUAUGCUGAUGUCACUGUAGAGGCAGGAAUAACAUUAGAAGAACUUAAUGACUAUUGUUUCAAGAAAUACGACUAUGUCUUACAGAAUUUAGCAUCCAUAGCUUGCCAAAGUGUUGCUGGCGCCAUUUCAACCGGGACACAUGGUUCUUCACCAUAUCAUGGCUUAUUGUCAUCUCAAAUUGUAAAUUUGACUAUUGUAAAUGGUGAAGGUAAAGUUUUAUUUUUAGACUCUAAAAACAACGCUGAUGUUUUUAGAGCCUCAUUGCUGUCGCUCGGAAAGAUCGGUAUCAUCUAUAAUGCUACUGUACGUGUAGUUCCAUCAUUUAACAUCAAAUCAACGAAGGAGAUAAUAUCAUUUGAUUAUCUAAUUGAAAAAUGGGACACACUAUGGACCUCAGCAGAGUUUGUGAGAGUCUGGUGGUAUCCUUACACAAGGAAAUGUGUUCUGUGGAGAGGUACUAAGACAGAAGAACACAUUAAAGAAAGGCCAAAGGGAUUUUUGGGCAAUAAAUUUGGUAGGUUAGCUUACGAAAGCUUACUAUGGAUCAGUUGUGCAUUAUAUCGCCCAUUUACUCCAAUUCUAGAACGGUUUAUUUUCAGAAUUUUAUACGGUAAUGUUGGUGGUAUUGGAGAAGGUUCUGUUGAAGUCCUUCCCUCAUUUGAAGGGCUCACUAUGGAUUGUCUAUUUGCGCAAUACGUGGAUGAAUGGGCUGCCAAAUUGAAUGAUGGUCCUGGACUUUUAAGGUCUCUUGAUAAUUCUAUCUCAAAGGCUGCAAAAGAUCGGGAAUUUUAUGUCCAUGUUCCAAUGGAGAUUCGUUGUUCAAAUACCCUACUACCAAAGAAACAACAAAAUAUUAGUGGUAGAUCUGCUACUAGUCCAGGUCCCAUUUAUGGUAAUUUAAUAAGUCCGUAUCUCGAUAUUUCUUUUCAUGAAACUGCAUACGUUCCCCCAAGUGAGGUAACAAAUUCUCAACUAAACCUUUUCAUAAAUGCAACAAUUUAUCGACCAUUUUCGUACAAUACACCGAUCUUCAAUUGGUUUAGAUCAUUCGAAAAUGCCAUGUCUCAUAUUGGUGGAAGACCCCACUGGGCCAAAAAUUUCCUGGGACCAACAAACCUUGCAGUUCAAGAUGCGCCAAACAAAGAAGUGGCAAAUAAGUAUACACGAGUUUCAUUUAUGAGAGGAAGAUUUCAAGAUUGGUACGGAAAAGAUCUUAUACAGUUUGAUGAAAUCAGACGCAAGCAGGAUCCUAAGAACGUCCUACUGAGAAAGAAUGAUUGGGCUGUACAAAAUGGUAUCCUAGAAGGUUAA